AAACCCUGACUCGUUGUUUAUAUUGAAAAAGGUAUUCCUAGAGUUUCUCAAGGCUACCGAUAUGGGAAAUCGACAUGGUAUAACAAAACUGUUGAUACUCAUAAUCAUAAUCAAAAGCAGUGAGCAAGCCAAGAAGUAUAGACGACCAGUUAUCAGAUAUCCUAAAGACACUAACUUCUGGGCGACGGACUUCUUUGUGAAGGGCUGCAGGAACUUCAUUGAGAAAUGUCCGUCCAUGUACAAGACACAAGCAAUAUGUGCCCGCAACUAUAACGGGGACUACAGGAACUUCCCAAACUAUUGCGAAAUGCAAUACGAAAACUGUAACACUUGGAGAAACUGGCGAGUUUACAAACGCGAGCGGUGCUGAGUAACAGGAAAGGCGUUUACAAUAAAAUACAAUUUUUACGAUCUACGAGCCAGCCUUUAUUUACUGUCAUUUAGUCAAUAAAUUUCUUAAGAAUAUUGCUAUUA